AUGGCAUUCCAACGCCGGUUCGGCUGGCUCGCAAGGUCGUCGCCAUUUGCUGCUCCUCGGCAGUCCCGACUGAACCCAAGCAAGAUAGGAAAAUUGGUGACAUACGAUAUCACUUCCGAGAUGCAGUGCCCGCUGUUCGACCGCCUGCGGUGGUGCUUUGAGCUGGACUUCAUGUGCGGAUACCGAUCUACAUGGAGCAUUCAUGAUCGACGCUGA